AUGUUUAGGUUUCAAUUUAUCAUUUGUGCUCUAGUUUUGUCUUUAAAUUGCAUCCAGAUUGAGAGUGCAGAACAAAAGAAAAGAGAUGCUAGUUACAGCAUAGGCCUCGGCCACGGAAUUGGUUACGGCCAUGGAGGUGGAAUUAGCUACGGCCAUGGAGGAGGAAUUGGAUACGGUUAUGGCGGCGGUAUUGGAAUCGGGUCAGGCAUUGGUCUCGCUUCCGGUAUUGGAAUUGGGUCUGCCUACGGCACCGGAAUCGGUAUUGGUUCCGGUUUAGGCAUUAACGGCGGCCUCGGUACAGCAGCAGCACUUUCCGCAGCGGGCAUACCGACUCGCCACUCGUACUCGGAAAUCAACAAUGGAGUAGCGAUACCGAUCCCACAGGCUGUAGCAGUCGAUGUACCGCGACCAGUACCAGUCGCGGUACCAGUUGGAGUACCGGUCGAUCGACCACGUCCAGUCCCAGUGUCCGUGCCUCAGCCUAUACCACACGUAGUAGCAAGACCAGUACCUGUUCCUGUUAAUCGGCCUGUGCCUUACCCCGUUGCUCAGCCCGUACCGGUAACUGUGACCCAGGGUGUUGGUAUACCUGUACCUCAGCCGGUCCCUGUGGGAGUUCCAGCACCCGUGCCAGUAGGUGUACCACAACCUGUGCCAGUAGCCGUAGGAGGUGGUAUCGGUAUUGGAGCUGGAGUCACCGGUUUUGGUUCAGGUAUCGGCGCUGGAUCCCUUAUUGGGUCGUCAAUUGGUGGUGGAUCAGUUUUAGUCUCUGGAAUUGGAUCGGGAAUUGGGGGGUCAGUGAUAUCUUCGGGAAUUGGGGGGUCAGUGAUAUCUUCGGGAAUUGGAGUAGAGUCGGUUUCUAGUCACGGUUAUGGUGGACACGCACACCUUCAGUCACAUGGACACACCAUCGAACACCAUCAUUAA